GCAAAAGAUGGCGGAGCCGGAGUUGUUACUGGACUCCAAUAUCAGGCUCUGGGUGGUUUUGCCUAUCGUUUUCAUCACUUUUUUUGUUGGUUUAAUCAGGCAUUACAUUUCCAUCCUACUACAGAGCGACAAGAAGCUCACGGAAGAGCAAGUUUCCGACAGUCAAAUUCUAAUCAGAAGUAGAAUUCUGAGAGAAAAUGGCAGAUAUAUUCCAAAACAGUCUUUCCUAACACGGAAGUAUUAUUUCAACAACCCUGAUGAUGGAUUUUUCAAGAAGACCAAAAGAAAAGUUGUUCCUCCCUCUCCUAUGACUGACCCCACAAUGGUGAUGGACAUGAUGAAAGGCAAUGUUACAAAUGUACUUCCGAUGAUUCUCAUCGGCGGCUGGAUCAACUGGACAUUCUCCGGUUUUGUCACAACAAAGGUUCCAUUUCCUCUGACAUUACGUUUUAAGCCCAUGUUACAGCAGGGAAUCGAGCUGCUGUCACUGGACGCUUCUUGGGUGAGCUCUGCAUCUUGGUACUUUUUGAAUGUGUUUGGACUGAGAAGCAUGUAUUCUCUACUCCUGGGACAAGAUAAUGCUGCAGAUCAGUCACGUAUUAUGCAAGAACAGAUGACAGGUGCUGCAAUGGCAAUGCCUCCUGAUACAAAUAAAGCUUUCAAGGCUGAAUGGGAAGCAUUGGAAAUCCUGGAUCAUCAGUGGGCCUUGGAGGAAGUGGAAGAAGAACUUAUGGCCAAGGAUCUCAAUUUUGAAGGAAUGUUCAACAAGGAAAUAGACACAUCAAUGUUUUAAGGCACCUUAACCAGGGACCCCAGAUUAAACUUCUACCAUAACUUGGUUUGUAGUAAGACAGAUAUUUCUCCUUGUCUUAAAAAUUCACUUGAAAGCAUUAGAAAUGUCUGGUAAAGCUGCAAGUUACACAAACCACUAAUGUGAGAUUUUACUGUGAAUUUGAAAGCCAUCAGUGUAAAGAUACUAGACAAGAAUAGAUUGUAUAUUUUCUUGCAAUAUGUCAGGAAUUGUCUCUCUCUGUUCAUUCAUAAAAGUAAAAGUUACGUAGAAGUGCAAGGUGUCUAUGACCAAAUGUAUUGGAUUACUUUUUUGUUAAAAGAAUUAUGGGGGGAAAAUAAAAAUUACUAUUCUCAUGUGGAUAAGGGUGGUUCUUUGGGUAAUUGAAGCAUUUUAUUUUGCAGUUCUUGUAGGUCAGAAUUAAAUGCACUAUACUUAAUGUUCAUCUUGUGACUAAGUACUGGCAUUUCAUCAUUUUUUUCCAUAUUAUCACCCAGGAACUGGGUAGCCUUCAACCUAAUGGCAUGAACAUCAAUUUCUUGAACUUCUGAUAAUUCCCCCCCCCCGCCCCUUACCAUUCUCCAUUUCCCAUUUCCUUCUCUUACCUCACUCUGUUGCUUCUCCCCUCCCUUUCCUCCAUGGCCUUCUGUUCUCUCCUAUCAGAUUCCCCCUUCUCCAACCCUUUAUCUCUUUCACCAAUUGACUUAGCCCUCAGCUCCUUACUUCACCCCUCCCCCUCUCCCGGUUCCACCCAUCACCUACUACCUUGUACUACUACCUUCCGUCCUCCUCUCUCUCCCCCCCCCCGCCCCCCACCAUCUUCUUACACUGACCUGUCACCUUUUUUUCUCCAGUCCUGAUGAAGGGUCUCAGCCAGAAAUGUCAACUGUUUACUCUUUUCCAUAGAUUCUGCCUGGACUGCUGUGUGUGUGUGUGUGUUGUCCCAACAUCUUCAGUUUCAGUUUUUCUUCUGUUCCGGAAAAUUAGUCAUUCCCUUUUGACAUACAUACUGGUAGUCUUCUGUUGGCUAUUUUAUGUCCUGCCAAAAAGAAAACAAGAUUAAUAUAUUUAAAGUUUUCAACAUGAAAUAUUGUCAGUGCUCAGAUCCUUCUGAGUAAACUGCAGAAAUUGAAAUAAACGCCAACUAAGAAUCUGAAACAGAAGUCAAAGCUACACAUGCAUUUUCAUUACCUCCACUGCAAUCAUUCAACACUUUGAUUUUUCUGUUCCUGUAAUGUUGUGUUUUAUAGUUAAAGAUCAGCACACAGUUAAUCUCAAAAUGGUAGUGUGAAUGGGGAAUAUUGAGCUGGUUUGAUAUUACUUUUUUUUCUGGGUUUUGAAGUAUAACCUUCAGUGUUUUGAAAUACUAUUUCAGGUUGACUGAUUUUAAAAUGUAUAUUUCUUCUGACACACAAAAAUACCCAUUUGUGCAAGAUCAAGUAAAAAGGAAACUGAUUACCCCUAUCCCUCACAUUUCUAUCUGUGUAGUUUAGCUGAUGCAGUUAAGUCCUUAUUCAGCAAAAUGUACUUUUCUAAUUACCAUCCAUCAAUCCUGAUCGACGUGGGCAUUUGGCACUGAUGGACAUGGAUAAAUGUUUGGUGCACAUCAUGACUUAACAAAGCACCUUUAAAGUUUACAAGUGAAGAUUUGGUUUUUGCCAAGGAAUUGUAUAUCAACAAUUCAGAAAAACAAAAGCAAAAUGAACGAUUUGUUUUUUUUAACCUUUUUUUUUUACUCAACUUAAGGUUAUUUUAAGUCUUUUUUCCCAAAUGUGCAAUGCAUUUGAAAUUGCCUAGGAGUAACACUUCGUGCCCUAUCUAUUUAUCAAAGCAUAAGUUUUUCUGAAUCAUAUUGAAGUGUUCCACUUGUUUCCCAGGCUAAUUUUGCAUACGCAUUCAACAUUCUUGUAAAGUUUAAUUGUUAAUUUGUACCUGGUCUGCUCCCUGAUGGAAAUUUUGGUAUGCCUCAGAUAAAACCAUCCAAUAAAUGGAUGUUUGUGCAUCUGCAUUCAAAGGUUCAAAGGUCCAAUUUAAUGUCAGAGAAAUGUAUACAAUAUAGAUCCUGAAAUGCAUUUUCUUCACAAACAUCCAUGAGAACAGAAGUGCCCCAAAGAAUGAACGACAGUUAAACAUAAGAACCCUGAGAUUCCCCACCCCCCCCAGCUCCCCUCCCUUCUGCACAUAAGCGGCAGCAAGCAACAGUUUCUGAUGUUAGUCGCAGAUGUUGCCCAUACUUUACCGUGUUUUUUUUUGUUCUUGGUUCCUUUCUUGAUGAAACUGGCUUACAGUUUUAUGGCUUUUGAAGUGCACUUGGUGGCCCUUCACUUUUAUUUAAAAGCUCAAAUUUGACAACUGCUUAACAACUUCAGAGUUGGAGCCCAGUCCGUUUGCUGUUCAUUUCCAUCUCCUUCCAGACCACUGGAAAGAUAUUGGAAAUCAUGCCUCUGCACAUCCCAUCUACAUCUGAAUUUUGACUCUGUGCUGUACCUGACUGCACUCUUAACACAAGCCACUGGAGCAAGCAGUGUUGUUUGGUGUGGACUUGUUAGACUGAACAGGUUCUUCUGAGACAUCAUGAAACAUGAAUGUCAACAGGCAGAUAUCUUUGUUUUGUUAACUAUAUUUGCAGUAGUGUAUUAGCAUUCCAAUAACUUUCAUUCAAGUGAAAGGUCAUUAACUUGAAGUGUAAACUAUUUGUGCCAUAGGUAUGGUUUCUUCUGUUGAAUAUUUCCAAAAUUAUUUUGUUUAUUAACAUUCCAGAUCAUCCUUUUAUGUGUACUCAGUACAGAUUUUGGAGAAAUAGAGCAUUUUUGGGAGGCCGUGUAAUUUUAUCACCGUUGUGUAAUCAUUGUGUAAGUAACUAGUUGUAAAUAACUAGUUGUACCUUGUAUAAUUGCUGCAUAAAUUUUACUUCUACUUUGUCGCAAAACUUUAGAUGAAAGUAGCAAUAUAUUAGGUGUAACAAAAAUUAACAAGCAACAUGAAAAACAUAUAAAUGUGUCCUUGAGGUUUUGAGAACAAAAGACUUUUAGUGAAAUUGAUUUUUACUGCUAGUGUUUUAUGACUAUUUCUUUAAUAGUUUUAAUAUUCUGUUAUAUGUUAAUUAGAUUUUUAAAAACAAACAAUUUAAAGGCUGUUACCUGGCAUGGUAUAAUAAUGAUUUGUAUGCUUUAUAAAUAACAGGAAAGGCAUUUCUGACAAUUAUCUUUCUGUUGCAGAACCUUUUUACAAAUUCAGAAUUACUGACUUUCAAACACGGACAGUAAAAAUGUGUGUGAUUUGCAGCUAAAUCUAAAAGCAUCCCAAAAAUUCUGGGGUUGAGGGGGAAAUAGUUAAAUGUAUCUCUAUUAUAUAUUUAACAAAGUGCUUCUAGAAAACUUUUUGUAUUAUGAUUCUUUGUUCUUUCGAAUUCAUGGUUUCAUACAUAACAAACAUCUGACAUCUAAUUUUUGUGAGGUUAAGAAGAUCCAAUAUUUACUCAAGUGGUAUAAGAGUACUGCACAGGAGCAGGCCAUUUGGCCCACAAUGUUGUGCUGAACAAGCUAAAAAGCAAAUCAAAAAUACUCAAUCACUAAUCCCUCCUACCUACGCCAUGUCCAUAAUCCCUCCAUCUUCCUUACACACAUGUGCCUAUCCAAAUGUCUCUUAAAAGCCUCUAGCACAUGCCUUCUAAACCAGGCAGCAUCCUAGUAAACCUGUUCUGCACCCUCUCCAAAGCCUCAACACAGUUUCGAGUAUAAAGCUGCAACAAAACCUCCAAACCUUUGAACUCAAUCCCUGGACUAAUAAAAGCAAGCAUUCCAUAAGCCGCCUUAACCACCUUAAUGGAACUGUGUGGCUGCUUUCAAGAAGCUAUGAAUUUGGAUCUCUGCUCAGCAGCACUGUUAAGGAUCUUGCUCUUAACAGUGUACUGUUUCCUUGUAUUUGCUCUGUUGAGGUACAACAGCUCACAUUUAUCUGGGUUAAACACCAUCUCCCAUUUCUUAGCCCAUGUCUGCAACUGAUUUAUAUCACGCUGUAUUCUUUGCCAGUCUUCUACACUAUCCACAACUCCACCAAUCUUGGUAUCAUCUGCAAAUUUACUAACCCACUAUCUACAUUUUCAUCCAGUCCUUUGUAUAUAUUACUACAGCAGAGAUCUCAGCACAGAUCUCUGCAAAGCUCCACUAACUACGGACCCUCAGCUCGAAUACGCCCCUUCAACCACUUCCCUCUCUCUUCUAUGUGCAAGCCAGUUCGAAAUCCAAACAGCCAAUUCGCCACAGAUUCCAUGCAUCUUAAUCUUCUGGAUUAGCCUCCUAUGAGGGACUUUGAAAAAUGCCUUACGAAAGUCUAUGUAGACAAUAUCCACUGCCCUUCCCUCAUCAAUCUCUCUCAUGACCUGCCAUGUACAAAUCCCUGCUGGCUCUCCCUAAUUAGGCCAAGUGUUUCCAAAUACUCAAAUAUCUAUUAUGUUUAUGAUAUUGCAUGAGUACUUACUACUAAUAUCAUGUCUACCUUGUAUAAUUGCAGCAUUAACCACAACAGAGUCAAGCAAAUUCCAUUUAUAUUUCCAUUAGCCUCAGCUUUACCAGUCGUGGGUUUCUUUUUGGCUCCCUACCAUAAAUUAUUUUGAUUACAGCCCAGGGUGGUUGCUGGAAAGCAUUUUAAGGUCACUGCCUUAUAUUCAGAAUCAGAAUCGGGUUUAUUAUCACCGGCAUGUGAUGUGAAAUCUAUUCUUAGUGAGAAUUUAAGUCAAUAUCCCAAGUAAAAUGGAGCUGAUUGAAAAGUGGCUUCCAAAUAUUUUCCUUUUGCUAUUUGACUAGAUUAUGAGCACCAUAUCCAAAAGUAAACUGCAAUGAUUUUUUUCACCCUACAUAAGGACUAAACUUAGCAAUAUCUAAAAUUGUGAUCUUUAAUCGACAGGCCAUGUCCUUUCAGCUGCACAUAAACUCCCUUGCUGACAUCCCGCACUUUUAAAUAUUCACUCAUAUGUUUGGGAAACUAUUUUCUUGCAUCCAAAUUAGGACACACCUUUCUCUUGGAUCUAUGUACAUGUGCCCCAUAUUGAAUGUGUAUCAUCACAAUCUUUCAUGCCUCAGUCGACUAAUAAUGUGAUAUGUCGUUCAUCCAAGCUAUAAUGUUUAAAACAAAUAAUUCAGUAUUGAUGCGAAUGUAAUAUCUGUUUGAACUUAAAAUACAUUUUUACUGCAAAGUAACAAGAUGCAUUUUGUAUUUUUAUUCUUAGUUUAAUUUUAUUUUUGUUGGGUUGAGGUGCUCCAUUAUCCUUUAGAUAUUGGGGAAGCAUGUAAAGAUAAAAUUUCUAGGUUUAGAUUGGGGUUGUAGAAAUGUUUAAAUGUUUUCUGUAACCAAACAAUAAACAUUUCCUUGAAAUGUAAGUUACCCUGAAAUAUAACAAACAAAUACAGAGAACCAGGACAACCAUUCUCAAUGCUUCAAUGCUAUCUCAGGUUUACAACGAAAAACUGCUUCCUUUCUCAAAUUUAUUUAGGCUAGUGAUCAUUUCAUAGCAACUAGAAAGACUAAUAAGUCCAAGGUUCAUGCUGAAUAGCAGUGCAUCAGAGAGGCUGUUGUAUCUAAGUGAAAGUCCACACAUUGGGAUAGAACGUAGAAUAGUACAGCACAGUACAGGCCCUUCAGCCCACAAAUGUUGUGCCAACCCCCAAACCCUGCCUCCCAUAUAAGCCCCCACCUUAAAUUUCUCCAUUUACCUGUCUAGUAGUCUCUUAAACUUCACUAGUGUAUCUGCGUCCACCACUGACUCAGGCAGUGCAUUCCACACACCAACCACACUCGAGUAAAGAACCUUCCUCUAAUAUCCCCCUUGAACCUCCCACCCCUUACCUUAAAGCUAUGUCCUCUUGUAUUGAGCAGUGGUGCCCAGGGGAAGAGGCGCUGGCUAUCCACUCUAUCUAUUCCUCUUAUUAUCUUGUACACCUCUAUCAUGUCUCCUCUCACCCUCCUUCUCUCCAAAGAGUAAAGCCCUAGCUCCCUUCACCUCUGAUCAUAAUGCAUACUCUCUAAACCAGGCAGCAUCCUGGUGAAUCUGCUCUGUACCCUUUCCAAUGCUUCCACGUCCAUCUAGGUCUUUAUGAUUAUCUGCAUAUGUGUAACUAAAGCAUGUUUCAACUUGUUCUGUGCUGUUGUUAGGAAUUGCUAGUGGUGUAAUACCACUUCAGCUGGUAUUGUUAUUCUUCAAGUUACAUUAACACACGUUUUCAAAUUUUAUUGAUAAAAUUGUGAAGCACUUCCGUUUUCGGGCCUCCAAAAGAUAAAUUAUUUGAAAGCCAUGAAAACCUACAUGAUUGAAUGUCUACUAAUAUAACAUGACUGAUCGUGUGAAAUUUUGAAUUUUUCAGUGACUGGUUUACAACUGUUUUUAUAUCCACUAUAUUUAAAAGCAGCGCUCCCAUAUUUAAUAACCCUAUUCUCAGAAACUACCUGCAUAUUAAUUUGUAGACAACCUUGCUCAUUUUUGUAUGAGA